GCUCAGACAGAGUCCGCCUCAUUUGGCUCAAAGGCGAAAGAAGCAAAACUGAUACACUCAAGUCUCUGCGGGGCGCGACUCUCAGUGUCUCUGACGGUGAAAGCAGCAGACUCGUGGCCUCCUCGGUCAUCCCGGGGGAGCAGCCAGUGCUUUGGAGCGGCGUGUUCAGCGUGGAUGGAGGAGACACCGACACCGAGCUGAUGGUGUUUGACAUCAGCCCUGAUUACAGCAGAGCAGGGGACAGAGAUCCAGACUUCUACACCUCUGUGCCAUCAGAAGUGACGGUGACGCCAAAGGUCCUGAAACCAAAGGCAGUCCUCUUCAGGCACAGCUACAUGACCUCUGUGCUGGCAGUGAGGCAGAGAGGCUGGAUGGUUUUCUUCAUUGGGACAGGAGACGGGCAGCUCAUUAAGCUGUCUGUGGACAGGAACUAUCACGCCGCCUGUCCCACGGUGCUCUACAGGACCAGUGAUGACCGCAAAGUGUUUCCCAAAUUACAUCUGGAUCCAGUGGAUCGUAAACAUGUGUAUGUGCCAUUUAGAAACCAGAUGAAGCGAGUUCCUGUGUCAAAAUACAGCAUGUACACAAAUGUGCAGGAGUGUUGGUCUGCACAGGAUGCAUACUGUGGUUGGUGUGGCUCUAAAAGCAGCUGCACAUUUGAAGAUGACUGCACAGAUUCAGACUGGCUGUCCAUUCCUGAUGAGUCCCAACACAAAAUGAUUUCCCACAAAGUUGAAAAGGACACAAAUGGACAGGUUUUACUAAAAAUGCACACACACCUGAUCGUGGGCCAAGAAGUGUCAUCUAACUUUACCUGUCAGUUCGCUGCAAGGUCCAGCUCAAUUUGUGCUCCGAAUAACCCUCCUCCACAGUUCCCACAAUGCACCUGCAUCCUGUCUGAUCGUACACUUCCUGCUGAUGGUCUGCAUGUCACAGUGAAAUUUAGACUUGGUUCAACACAACUGUCAGAACAGCUGAGGUUGACCAACUGCUCUGACAUCAGUGGACCACCAAGUUCAGUCUUGUGUCAGCAGUGCAUCAAAGCUGGUUGUGGAUGGAACAUAAACAGAUGUUCCUGGGCCGAUCAAACAGAGAUCAAUGACAGUGUUUGCCAAAAUGUGCAGUCUGGGAAGAACUUCUCUAUCCCAGAGAUCUCCUCCAUCACUCCCAGUGUGGUGUCUUUCUACGGUAGAAACCACGCAGUGCUGUCAGGUCAUAACCUUGAUGAUGUGACUGCAGUGAGGAUCCAGGCAGAUACUGACUGUACUCCAAAAGAAUCUCCUGUUUGGGACAACACUGGUUUCAGUCUGAUGUUCCACAUUCCCACUUCAGAUAUCAAAGGUGUGGUCAGGGUAUGUCUUCUCCUCCCAGAUGGUCGUUGCCAUGGCAAAGCUAAAAUCACCUACAGCUCAUUACCAUCAUGCACCAACAUUACUCCCAGCAGCAGGGGUCGUCCACAGCCACGCAAUGCAGGAUGUCAGACUUCCCAGAAACAUCAGCUCUCCGUACCUCACCUACGAUUCACCUGCAGCUAGGAGUUUUUCUAGCAGCACUCUGUUUGUGAAACUAGCCAAUGAAACCUUAGCCUGCUCCACAAAACUCUCCUACGUUCCAGACCCUGAGUUUACCAGCUUCACAGUUAUAAGGACAGGGGAAGAUGUCCA